CUCAAUCACGAAUGCGACCCCCCAGGUGGCCAAUCACAGCGCGAUGAGCGCGUCCCAUCGGCUUGGAUAUAAACCCCCCCUCCCCAGAUGCCGCUCGGUUCCAAUCGGGCGCAGCUGCAAAAACCUCCGAGGCGAGACUGCACCACCAGCACCUAGCCUGCCUAAGACGGACACCGCAUCCUCGCCAUGCAGAUGAACGUGAACAACUACACCGCCCCACCGCAAGCCAUUCCCGCCGCACCGCAACCCGUGGCUUUCUUUCCUGCCCCGCCACAGCAGCUGCCCGGCUAUGGGUAUGCGCCACAGCAACAGCCCACAGCGCCUCCUGCCAACGACGGACAUAACGUCAUCGUCAUCAACAACCAGCCGGCACCUGCGCCGGCACCAGCGCAGUCACCGGCCGUGGCGCAGCAGGCCAUCGGGCCCGCGUCCAGAGGCGCGGCCAUCGUGAACCCGUGCCUCAACACGGAUGAACCGGCCAACACCGUGUGCCCGUCCUGCCAGCAGCGCGUGCAGACGCUGACGCGCGGCGUCAACGGGACCAUCACCUGGGUUGUGGCCUGCUCGCUGUUCUUUCUCGGCUGCUGGCCGUUCUGCAUCAUCCCCCUGUUCUGCAAAAAGUGCCAGGACAUCGAGCACACCUGCCCGUCCUGUCAAGGUCACAUCUUCACCUACAAGAAAAUGUGAGCACGUGGCACCCUGCCACGUGCGCGCGCGCGUGUGUGGGUUCGUCCGUCCGAUCAUCAUCUAAAGCACACGGCGCCUGUGGACCACGUCUGUGGUCUGUCUGGAAAGCGCCGACUUUGACAGGACCACAGCCACUCAAUUAACUAGCUCCGCCCAUGACCCAGAGAGCCCCACCCACUAGUCAAGUAACCCCGCCCACUACUUAGCUAGCCCCGCCUACUGCUGAAAGGCAACAGACUCGGAGUCUAUAUAUAUUUUGUAUUCUCCGCAGGGAAUUGAGUCUUUGCUCCACUAUAAGUCUCCUGGCACUACUCUCCCAUUGACAUUUCGUUGCUUCCUCUUAGUACCUUUCACGCGACGGUCAAUGGUAUAGUGUAUAGCAGAUUGUAUAACAAUAAAUAGUAUAAACGUGUAAUGUUUAAUAUAAUGUAUAAGGUAAGAUAUAGUAUCGUAAUUGUAUAGUGAAUAUACAGCCGUGUGGUAUACAGUAGGGUGGGUAGAAAAAUACAUAGUGUGAUUUACAAUGUAUAGUCUAAGGUAUAGGGUGGUGUAUAGUAAUGCAGUAUAUAAUUUAAUGUUGGGUUUGUCUAUGGCAGUAUAUAGUACGGGGUAGAUCUGUGUGAUGUAAGGAAAAAGUUUAGCUGGAGGCAUAUUAUAUUUUUUGCGACAUAGAAUUGUAAUGUAUGACUUACUGUUAGUAGCUCAGCUUAUUGGAGAGUAUAUUUAGUAUAUUGAUGAUAUUGAUGUAGUUUAUAUACAUAUAUUUUUAACGUGGUGAUUUGGCUGCCGCAGCUCCUUAUUGUUAAAAUUCCUUCCCUUUAUUACUGGUAACCCUACCUCCUCCCUUUGUUGCUGCUAAUCCUACAGAAUGCACGGGUAUAAUAUGACUUUGAGACCCCCCCCCCCCUCCUCCGCAUUCCACAAGUAGUGACUAAUCCCAUAUCUGCAUUACCAUGAAUAUGCAAAAUUCCUCUGUUGAUUUGCAAAUUUCUUUGUCAAGACGCCCUUCCUCCCCUAACCCAGCUUAAAUAUACGCUGCCAAGCUUGGUGGUGUUCAUUCAGACGCUGUCUUUCCGACAGACCUGUUCUUCACCUGGGGACGGCUGCUUGCGUUGUGGCCAAAACGUCGUGAGAAUUGUAUUUUAUUAUGUUUUAUUUUUAUUAUUGUAUUAUUUCCCUUCUACGUGACUUUACCGAAAGAACCAAGAAGAUGAAUCCCUGCAGUCACGAAAGCUUUAAAUCGAAAUUUAGACUCGGACACGCGAUGAAGUUCACCGAUCAUUGAUCAGCCCCGUAUAUAUGUUAGAAAGUAGGUGUGGCUUUGCCCUUAGCGGCGUGUCUCUGCCCAUAUCUGUUCUUGUGAAGCCCGAAUCUAGGUGGCCAUUUAUUACUAUAUAAUGAGCCAAGAAUGUCUGUGUGUCCCGCGCGUGACGUCACUCCACGUCGACCAGCCCCCCUCAUUAAUAAUCAUGAACAGGUGACGUCCUCCAAAUGGAAGGGGGGAAGCGCCUCCUCCCCCCCUCCUCAGCAUCAACUUAUAACCCCCACUACAAAGGCAGAACCCUCACGUCACGCGAUCUCCGUAACACUAUUGAGACAUAGAAGUAAAAAGGACGUCUUGAUGAACAAGGGAUUAUAACCUUCAAAUGAAAUAGGUCUGUGUAACCACGCUCUGACAAAUUGCACACGCAUGGAUGCAAGGAAUAUAUCACGUCGCGGCCUGCUUUUCGCUUGCAAGUUUCAGAUUUACUGCAAUACACCCCCGUCCUUGGACGGGCAAAAGGCUCGUUACUACUAUAGUCAGCCAAUAAUGUCUGUUUGUGUGUAACGCGCGUGACGUCACUCCACAUGCCGACACCCCCUCAUUAAUAUUCAUGAGCAGGUGGAUUUUUACACUCACGCAGAAGGUCGAGCAGAAAUAUUUUUUUUUGCAAAUUCGCUUUAAUUUUGACGUUUCUCAAUUGAAAGUGAAUCUAAUAAAUAAUUAUACGCAGCAACAAAGUGGAUUUGGUGUCUUUAUUUAUUUCUUCAGCACUUGAGACAAAUGGUAAGUCUAAUUUAUGCUUCUACAUUAUGCUAAAAUAGACAUUUCUCGGUGAUUUUCCAGAUAUUGUAUCGAAUUCCAAUUUAUUUCCACCCCAGCGACCGAAAGCAGAAGAGAAUAAAAUAUCAUAGCAGUGAAUUUGAACAAAUUGAAGGGCAGUUAUAUACAGUUCUACAGUGACAUGAAGUGAGGUGUUUGAUGACUUCGUUUGGUGCCAGAUUCACUGCCAUUAAUACAGUGCUACAGUGAACUGCAGUGAAGUGUUUGAUGACGUUGUUUUGUGCCAGAUUCACUGCCAUUAAAUAUACACAAGAUACAAUUAUACUUAAAUGUUACGGCUUCCGGCCUAAGACGGGCAAACAAGCUCGUUGUACAAAGCUGUCAACCCAUACGGUUGACCCGUAUUCUUGUGCCGGGAAAUUGAGUUUUCAGGUCCAUACGGCGACCAAAUUAGUUUUUGUGUUAAUUUGUUUGUGUUUCUCGCUUGUGAUGGGACUUUUUAGGAUGAACGUUGACAUUUAUAAGGGGCAUUGGGUGACCAAUAAGGUCUGAAUUGGUCUCUAAUAAGGUAGGGCACUGACAAGGGGUUGACGGAUAUUAUUUUAUCAAUUCGAAAGCCAUGCUAGAGUGUCGAUUUGUGAAGGGCUAAUCACUGCGUCCAUUCUUUGGCAAGCGAUCUAUGGAUCGAGUUAUCCUAUUGGUUAGUAUAGCGUCAUAUGAAACGCCCCCCUGUUAUUGAUUGGCUAAUAUCUGCAUGGGGGCAGCGGGUGCCUUGCUCCCCUCUGGUGACCAAAGCUACGAGUUGGGCCCUCCUUGACAAGCACCAUAACAGAGUAAAAAAAGAACUAAAGCUUAUUUAAAACGCGGUGUGAUUUUUUUUUAUUUACCAUGAAAAUACGUUCAUUUACGUUCCACGUUUUAUCUUAAUCGGAGCGGUAACUUUUGGCUUCCGCAAAGUGGGGGCAAAUCGCAACAAUCGGGGCCCCACCUGACCCAUUGCCGCACCCACUGAGCUGACAAUGUCGUUACCCUGCCACUGAUGAUCGGUGGUGAUUCGUCGGUACUCCGUGAUUUUUUUUUAUUACACGCUUUUAUUUAGCUCAUUCCGUCUGUUGUCGUAUCCUCAAAAUAUCUUGUAACU